UCACGUGAUCUUUAUUUAUGUAAUGCAAUGGUGUUACACAGUCACCUAGCUUCGUGGCCGCGGAGAAGUAGGCUACAGGGGUUAAUAGCGGACUCGGAUUACUAAAGAGAAAUAACAUUGAUGUGCGGAUUUACCGACCUCGAUCGUGCGGCGUGUUUGGACUUUUUGAGCGUCGAGGAAACCGGCGCAUUGGACUGGGAGCCGAGAGUCUUUUUUGAAAAGGGAACAUGGCAUUUGUCCCAAUACAAAGACUAAGUUAGGGCUGAAAACGAACAAUGUCACUGAAUGUUUUGAACACGAAAAGAAAAUUUGCCAGGUGAGCGUAUGAGGACUCAGUUUUGCAGCCGGACGGAAAGCGGUGUGCUUUAGGCAGAUGUGUGACACUAUUAUUAGUGCAUCGCCAGCUGCCAGCAUGUAAUUUAAAGGGUCCUUGCAGUAACAAUACCGCCAAACCGUCUAUCUGCAGUGCUUUGACGAACAAAGCGACAGUUCUUCCCGUGGGACACUGUACUAGUGACAUAACCAGUAAAAAAAAAAAAUACAAUGGAAAUGCUGGAGUGCCCCCUUUGCCUCUGUCUGAUGUGCGAGCCGGUGACCGUGUCGUGCGGCCACACGUUCUGCCGGAGGUGCGUCGGGGGCUACCUGCCUUCCAAAUGUCCGCUGUGCAAAGAGAGGCUAAAACAAAAGGAGGUGAAAAACACGAAGAACAACGUCUUGCUCAUCGGCGUCGUGGAAAAGUGCUGGCCCGAAGAGAAGGGGAUGAAGUGCCAAAUUCAGGAGAAACUCAAAGCCACCGAGUUCGCGGAAGCGUUACGCUUAGCGAACGAGGGGCUGAACUUAGUCCCAGACGACCAGAGUUUGAAGGUGUUCAGGGCCGAAGCGAACUUGGGCCUGAGGCGUUUCUCCGACGCUCUGACGGACCUCGACUACCUCUGCUGCCUUCGCCCCAGCUGGACGGAGGGCUCCUUUCAUAAAGGGAAUGUACUGUUGGAAAUGGGUCAGCAGAAAGAAGCCCUCAUCCACUUCCACCGUUGCCUAAAACUUCAAGCUGAUUUUGUUCCUGCAAAGAGCCAGAUUAAGAAGAUCCUGGAGGCAGAGGGAGUGGAAGUGCCAGAGGAGAUGCCCUGCAUUUUGCAGGCAGUGUCCGAGUACCUAAAAGAGCCCUGUCCCAUCACAACCCUCGGCAGCUCGCAGGGGCCGGUUCAUGCUGAAGGCUUCAAACAUCCUCAUGGAGAUAAGGGAGAAGGAAAAGGGAGGAGAGAUACACAUCAGGUGAAGCAUGACACGGGUACUGAAUGCUGCCUCAGCCUCUGCCAAGCGGUUUCCUUCCUCCCCGCUGCUGACGAGGAUGAAGAGAUGAUGACGAGGAAAGAAGACUUGCACGGCAAGUUCUUAGGUGAAAGUUAUCACGAGAGAGAGAACGGCAUGGUUAUUCUCACCGUGUCAGACUUUGAGUGCCCUCUCUGCAUUAGGUUAUUUUUUGAGCCAGUCACAACUCCUUGUGGGCACACAUUCUGCAAAAACUGCAUCGAGAGGAGCCUAGACCACAACCUCCGCUGUCCACUCUGCAAACAGCCGCUGCAAGAGUACUUCAGAAACAGGAAGUACAACCCCACAGUUCUGCUCCAGGACAUCAUGACCCGACUUUUUGCCCCCCAGUUGGCUGAGAGGAAACAGGUCCACGAUGCUGAGAUGGCUGAACUGUCAAAUCUCACUAAGGACAUCCCUAUAUUUGUCUGCACCGUGGCCUACCCUGGAGUGCCCUGUCCACUGCAUGUGUUUGAGCCUCGCUAUCGGCUGAUGAUGCGCCGCUGCAUGGAAACCGGCACCAAGAAGUUUGGCAUGUGCAGCUACGAGCAUGGCAGAGGAUUCGCAGACUAUGGCUGUAUGCUGGAGAUUCUCGAUCUGGAGCGCUUGCCUGAUGGACGUUCUUAUGUGGAAACAAUUGGUGGGAGCAGAUUCAAGGUACUGAAAAGAGGCCAAAGGGAUGGUUACCACACCGCUGAUAUAGAGUACCUAGAGGACAUCAAGGUUGAUGGCAGUGAGUUGGAGCUUCUGCAGCGUCUGCACGACAGCGUGUACCAGCAGGCCCAGGACUGGUACCAGCGACUCGGCAGCCGCAUCCGCGAACAGAUCAACAGACAGUAUGGUGCCAUGCCGGAUAAGGAGGACAACAUUCAGGCUUCGCCUAAUGGUCCAGGAUGGUGCUGGUGGCUGCUGUCUGUCCUCCAGCUGGACCCCGCCUAUCAGACCACCGUCCUGUCCCUGAACUCUCUCAAAGAUCGCCUGGGACACCUCCGCCUUGUCCUUGAGUACUUCUCUCAGAGCUAAACCCUCCAGCACAGUGGUACUGAGACCACGGCUAACUGACACCAAUAUUAUGCACAGCACAUUUAAAAAAGAAGUGAAAUCAAACAAAUGCGCACACAACACAUUUUGAGUUUCAGGGUUGGGUUUGUAACUAUCCUGUAUCGUUUCUAUGGACUGGGCUCGAGUCACAACUGAAAGCCAGAUCACCUGGCUGCUAGCUAAAAGCUUGUGAUUUUUAUCACACAAUCCAGUUGGUCAGAGUCAGGUUUUUGCUCUUUUGAGUGUUUUAUAUAUUUCUUACACCAGAAUAUUCUUCUGCGCACACACACUGUACAUGCUGUACCAGUGAGAACUACAGGGUUGACCAAAGAUUGAUCAUGAAUUGUGGGGAAAUCGAUAACAUUGCAGAAAACUAACACUGGGUGUCACUGUUUUACUCCAGUUGUUACAUUUAGAAAAUCAUGCAAUAGCAUCAGCCCAACUGUUAAACGUGCAUAUAUGAUCUACUUCAGCUGCACUUGUUGCAUUCAGAAGGAAGAGAGCUGAAAUAAGCAUAAACAGCAAUCGGCACUUAAUUUGUAGAGAUAUUUUUGCAAGACUAUGAACCUCUAGAGGGUGAAAGUUCAUGUGCCAAAAUAUUUUUUGGGGAAAAUUCACAGUGAUUGUCUUGUGCUGCACAACACUAUUUGUAAUGCCUGCAUGUUAACUGCAUCUACGCUAUUGACUAUGACUAAGUUUGUACUAUUAAAGAAUAUUCUAAGAUCCCUAUUUAGCACUGGCAAAUAAUCCAGUAAUUUAUACUAUCACAUGGCAGCAACUUGAGUAUCACUUUUUAAAGAGUAAAAGCUGCUGUUUUUUUUUUUUCUUUUUCAGUGAAAUGAUGGCAUUGAGAUAGCAGCAGGUUUGCAUUAUGCUACAAACCUGCGAUUAUGCAUGCUGAUGGUCAAGUAGCAGCACAGCACUGCAUGUACGUGUGUCAGGUGUAAAAUAACAAGUCACUCUUGACACAAGCCAUUUUUUUCCACUUCUUUCUUUUUUCUUUUUCUUUUUUUUUUUUUUCCAAAAGUAGAUAUGGUGUGUUGUCUGCACUGAUAACAGUUACUGUAAAGUUUGAGUCUGUGUAGGUGGUGACACCUAACUCUGGCCCAUCUACCACCAAAGUCGUGGUGCCUUUGAGUGCCUGGGCUGACCCACCAGGAGACCUGCAAGUCUUAGUUUUUACAUGGCGUUGAUGAUGAACUGGGUGAUCUUUUGUGGAUAUAGUGCUACAUUCCGUGGAAUGUUGAAGCUGUAAAGUAACAUAGAACUAAUUUACUAAACACUAUAGGCUUAACUGGGUGAUUUUAAAAAAGAAAAAUUGAUACAUGUGCCAUUGAUAUUUCUAUAUUAAUUGCUUUAUAUAAAUAGCUGGCCAACUUGUCACUGUGUUUAUGUCUGUCUAUAUCAUGGAUGCUGAAGCUAGCCUUGAUUCCUUUUAUGCCUUUUGUAUGGUGGGCAGCAAACACUUUUUUUUUUUUAACAUUUCUUGGCCAACAUAUCACUUUAAAUAAUAAGAAUUAGACCAGCAACACACUUAACAGAUACAGUUUGUAUGACAGCGAGUCAAAACCCCGCUACAGAGACCGCUUGGAUAUAGCUUACGCUCAAAAGAAAAAUUUCACAUGCACGGUUGAGAGAUUUGAGGUAAUCUGAAGAUGAGGGUAGAAUCAGAGAUGACAAUGAAUGUGCUACAAAAAUAAAACACGAAAGUCAGUUUCCUGCUUCCAGACAAUAAAGCUAACUCAAAUCAGAAAAGGGAUUUAAUUCCAUGUCCACAGAGGCGAUUUUUUUUCACCUCUCUGACUCAAUUUCUAAGACAAAUACUUUUGCACAGUAAAAUCAUUUUGGUGGGGCUUUGUUUUCUGAUGCUCACCUACAGUCCCUCACACCUCUUGCAUGUUUCUGUUUGUCAGUGUUAUUGUUUGAAGAGAUUUCCAUGAAUAGAAUAAUGAUCUGUGUCGAUCAUAGUCAGCUAUGUCACGUUAGUUUACCCUGCGCCGCUGUGAGAUUACAAUUCACAAUGCUUUUGUUUUUUUUACAGAACAACUCAUCCCAGUCUAACUCUUUGUCAUCUUAGUGUUUAGCUGGUGUCCAUUCAUUGUGUAGGUUCAAACGUCUGCUAAUGCAUGCCCCCCCCUUUACACCCUGGCAGCUGUUCAUUGACAUCGGUGCUACCAGACUGUCAGAAAAUGCCCACGAGCACAGUUAAACCAGUUUUCACUGAAUCCACACCGUCUCCGAUGCUGAACACGAGGCAUAAUCAGCGACCUGUUCUUGGCAGCGAUUGCCCAUGAGAAUGAGCCGCACAGUUGUCUGCUCAGGAAAAAAUAAAAAGGCUGUGAAAAGCACCAUGGCGACUUGUUCCUGCUAUGUGCUGCAGAUCUUACAGGAAACGUUGGCCGCUGUGGUUGGACGGUCAGUGGUCUGUGGGCUGCGUGUGAACUGAAGACAUGCCUGUUUUAGUACCACUCUGUCAGCAAUGGGUGCAUGCAAAUCUGCCGAAAGCGAGAUGACGGAUUUGCUUUUAAAUCCCCCCAAGCCAAGAGCAGCGAAUGAUCUUGAUCUGAAUAUUUCUUACCUGCUUGCCCACCCCACCCCCUCCCUCCCAGAUUGAACUUUUUAAAUGUUGUUAUAAAU